GCGCGCGCAGACGCUCCUCCCUCUUCCUCUCCGGCGAGGGCUCCGGCUCCGGCUCGUGGCUUCGCGUCUCCUGCGGCCGAGAUGGCGGUGAAGGCGCUCAACCCCAAGGCCGAGGUGGCGCGGGCCCAGGCGGCCCUGGCGGUCAACAUCAGCGCGGCGCGGGGCCUGCAGGACGUGCUCAGGACCAACCUCGGCCCCAAAGGAACCAUGAAGAUGCUUGUAUCUGGCGCUGGAGAUAUCAAGCUUACAAAAGAUGGCAAUGUCUUGCUGCAUGAGAUGCAAAUCCAGCACCCAACGGCCUCGCUGAUAGCCAAAGUGGCAACGGCACAGGAUGACAUCACUGGGGAUGGGACCACUUCCAACGUGCUCAUCAUCGGCGAGCUGCUCAAACAAGCAGAUCUCUACAUUUCCGAGGGAUUGCACCCUCGACUGGUUACAGAAGGGUUCGAAGCUGCAAAGGAGAAGGCCCUUCAGGUCUUGGAGCAAGUCAAAGUAACCAAGGGAAUGGACAGAGAGACCCUUCUGGAUGUUGCCAGAACCUCCCUGCGUACAAAACUCCAUUCCGAGCUUGCGGAUAUCUUAACGGAGGCGGUGGUGGACUCCAUUCUCGCCAUUCGGAAGGCGGACGAGCCAAUCGACCUCCACAUGGUGGAAAUAAUGGAAAUGAAGCACAAAUCUGAAACGGACACCACGCUGAUCAGAGGACUUGUCCUGGACCAUGGUGCUCGUCACCCUGACAUGAAGAAGAGACUCGAAGAUGCUUACAUCCUCACUUGCAAUGUCUCACUAGAGUAUGAGAAAACAGAGGUGAAUUCUGGUUUCUUUUAUAAGAGUGCAGAAGAAAGAGAGAAACUGGUCAAGGCAGAAAGGAAGUUCAUUGAAGAUCGAGUGAAGAAGAUCAUUGACUUGAAAAAGUCUGUUGUUGCAGAUUCUAAUAAAGGUUUCAUUGUGGUCAAUCAAAAGGGGAUUGACCCUUUCUCCUUGGAUGCUUUUGCAAAGGAAGGGAUUGUUGCUUUGCGUAGAGCCAAACGAAGGAACAUGGAGAGGUUGACCCUUGCGUGUGGAGGCAUCGCAAUGAACUCCGUGGAUGACCUUUCUGUUGACUGUCUGGGGCACGCAGGCCUUGUCUAUGAAUACACACUGGGUGAAGAGAAGUACACUUUCAUUGAAAAGUGUGACAAUCCUCGUUCCGUGACUCUGUUGAUCAAAGGUCCAAAUAAGCACACACUGACACAGAUCAAGGAUGCAGUCAGAGAUGGACUCCGUGCUGUCAAAAACGCCAUUGAGGAUGGCUGUGUGGUUCCAGGGGCUGGAGCCCUAGAAGUGGCCAUCGCCGAUGCCCUCGUGAAGCAUAAGCCCAGUAUAAAAGGCAGAGCCCAGCUGGGAGUUCAGGCUUUUGCCGAUGCUUUGCUGAUCAUUCCCAAGGUCCUCGCUCAGAACUCUGGCUAUGAUUCUCAAGAAACGCUGGUGAAGGUUCAGGCUGAAUAUGCUGAGUCAGGACAACUGGUUGGCGUUGAUUUAAACUCUGGGGAACCGAUGCUGGCAGCAGCGGCUGGAGUGUGGGACAAUUACAAUGUUAAAAAGCAGUUGCUUCAUUCAAGCACUGUCAUAGCCAGCAACAUUCUCCUGGUGGACGAAAUUAUGCGUGCUGGAAUGUCAUCUCUCAAAGGCUGAGCUGGAAAGCCGUCCUGAGGGCGAUGGUCCAGACCAGCCCUGUCUCCAGAGCCCCGCUCGAGGCACCCACGUUUCCUGGCAUCCCGCUGAGACCUCGGAGCAACGGAAGAGCCACCUCUGCGCCUUCAGGAACCUGGCCUCUCGCAGACCGCGAUCUCGCGCUCCUGUGAAAUCAGUUACUAUUUAUUUUUUACACGCACUGACUUGCUGCCUCUGGAGUUGCUCUCUCUCUACCCAAUAAACCGCUCUGCUCUGUG